UUGACAUUUAGCUGACAUUUGCGAGGCAAUUCGUGUUGCCUACCCGUUUAUUUAUUUAGUUCAAGAUCGUGAUUAAUUUAUUCCGUAUGCUGUCGUAUUUCUAAAAUUAGUGCCAGAAACAGAUUUUUUCGAAUUGCACAGUCAUACGGCAUCGUUCAAACAAAUCUCGGCGAAUAAUGGAAGGGAUAGCUACUCCGGUCGCAGAGGGGCCUCCUGAAGAAGCACUUAAACCAAUUGGAUGUUCCCAUUACAAAAGAAAAUCCAAAUUCGUGACUCCAUGCUGCAAGAAAGUGUACACUUGUCGAUUUUGUCACGAUGAAAAGGAAGAUCACUCAGUGAAUAGGAAAGAAGUCACAGAAUUAAUUUGCACGAUAUGUGAGAAAAGGCAGCCUGUACAAGCCGAGUGUCAGAAUUGUGGAAUCAGAUUUGGAAAAUACACUUGUUUGGAGUGUAAUCUUUUUGACGAUGAAGACAAGAAUCAGUUCCAUUGCUCUGGCUGUGGGAUUUGCAGAAUUGGGGGCUCUGACAAAUUUUUCCAUUGUGAAAAAUGCAACAUGUGCCUACCAAUUCAGCUCAAAAAUGGACACAAAUGUGUGGAGAAUGUAUCACGCGCCAAUUGUCCUGUCUGUCUUGAGGACAUCCAUACUUCCAGAAUUCCAUGCCAUAUUCCAAUGUGUGGCCAUCUGUUACACCGCACUUGUUUCAACCAGUUACUAAAAGCGGGACAUUAUGCUUGUCCCAUAUGUCAGACGUCCCUUAUGGAUAUGACCCAGUUGUGGAAAUAUCUUGAUAACGAAGUUGCUCAUACGCCAAUGCCGCCACAGUAUAACUGUUAUUUGGUGCAAAUUUUGUGCAAGGAUUGUCAUAAGGAAGGAACUGUAAAGUUUCAUGUGAUUGGUUGUAAGUGUUUUCAUUGCGGUUCCUACAAUACAUGUCGAAUUAAGGGGCCAUUCAAGCCGUCAGGAAGGAAUAGGCAAAACAGUUCAAGUCAAGCACAGUCUCUACAGUAUGAAAACGACGAUGAAGGUCCAUCUAGUUCAAGUGCUCAAGAAUCAUGAAAUUAUCAUUAGACGUCUAUUACAUUACCAUUAAUUAUUAAGUCAAUUUGGCAGGUUUCAACAUAUUCUUCGCAUUUCAUAUUUAAUUAUUCGAUCAAUUAGUACUGUUAGAUGAAUAAGUUGUACAAGUUUGUGUGAUUUUAUUUUUAUAUGAUCAUUUACAAAUACUCAAUAUGUUGAUGUUGUGAACAAUAAAUAGAUGUCUUUUUAUUGAUUUGUUAUUGUUAAAUUGGUUUAGGUUAAUUAUAUUAGAUUGAACAAAUUAUUUGUAUUAUAGGGAAGGAAGUGAGUGGAUGUCCCAGACAAACUCAUUUCAAUUUCAAUAUUAAAGCGAAACAAUAAAAAAUAACUUUAA